GCCUAUAUAAAUACAUUUACUCUUCUUCCAAGAUAUUAUCAUUGCCGACGUGAAGUGUAAGAAGUUCAUUGACAGAGAAGAUGUGUACUGAUUCAGAAAACCCCACAGUCAAGAGCAGAUUCUCUUCCUGCGAAAUUAUCUUGUCUGCCCUUUUCAUAGCUUCAAUGAUAGUCUGUGCUGGCUUGAUAGCAAUCGCAUGGCUUUCACUUCAACAGUCCCCAGAAGAGGAUCAAAUCAAAAUCAAUGGAACUGAAGUAUUUUUGAGAGGGGCAUUUAAAAUUCUCACAGGAGCUAUCUUUAGUGAAAAGCUUCAGAACAUGUCUUCAGUGGAAUUCAAAUCCCUUGCUUUUGAUAUUGAACAUAUGCUAUCAAAUAUUUACUUACAAAGUAGUCUGAAGAAUAAGUACAAGGCCUGUGACGUUUUAUAUUUCAGAAAUGGAAGUGUGGUGGCCACAUUUAACCUGCAUUUCACAGAGUCUGUACCUAGUGAGGUUGUGAGACAAGAACUAAUAAAUGGUAUUGAAGAAAAUAAAGGAGGUGUAAUGGGAACAUUUACUGUUGACAAACAAAGCAUUGCGGUUGGAAUGCAAUGUUUACCUGGUUAUGAGCAAUGUGCUGAUUAUAUGACAUGUGUACCUCAAACGUUGCUGUGCGAUGGAGUUAACAACUGUCAAGAUGGCUCUGACGAGAAUCUGAAACGUUGCGCAACACCUUGUGAUGGGCAAUUCCUCCUGAAUGGGCCUACGGGCUCUUUCCACUCCAUUAAUUUCCCUUUGCCAUACGAUUCUGACAUUUUCUGCCGAUGGAUCAUACGCAUUCAGAAGGGACUUUCCAUUAAAAUAAAUUUUCCUGCAUUUGUAACAGAAGAAAUAACAGAUGUUUUGAAUCUGUAUGAAGGCACUGGUCAAAACAAAGUUCUGAUGUAUUCACUGUCUGGUUCUACUCCAGGAUCUGUAAGGAUAAUGUCUAGUGAAGCAACUGUAGAAUUUCUUUCAGAUUAUAUCAACAAUUUCAAUGGCUUUAAUGCAACAUAUGAAGCAGAAAACAUCAGUAUUCUUUCCAAUGAGAGGAAGAUCAAUUGUUCUUUUGAAGAAGGCUGGUGCUACUGGAGACAAGAUCCCAACGAUAAUGGAGAAUGGAUGAGAUUAAAUGGGCCGACAUUUCCACCAUUUUCCGGACCUAAUUUUGAUCAUACGUUUAUGAACGAAUCAGGGUUUUAUCUGAGCACUCCUACAGUGUUUGGAAACCAAGUAAGAAGUUUUAGACUGUACAGUCUCCCUUUAGCUGCUGCAAUCCAACCACUUUGUCUAAGUUUCUGGUACCACAUGUACGGCAAUGAUGUCUACAGGUUGAGAGUUAAUAUCUCAAAGGUACAGAGCUUGCCGAAAAUCAUUUUUAAAAAAGAAGGAAACUAUGGUGACAGCUGGCAUUAUGGACAGAUCACGCUAAAUGAGACUGCAGAUUUUACAGUUGUUUUUGAAGCACAAAAGAACAUAGGCCUGAGAAAUGAUAUAGCAAUUGAUGACAUUGGACUGACAAACGGCAGCUGUGUAGAAGGUGUUUACCCAGAACCCACUCCUGUUCCGCCACCUACAACCCUGCCUCCACAACCCACGGACUGUGGAGGGCCUUUUGAACUUUGGGAUUCAAACUCAACAUUUAGUUCGACCAGUUACCCCAGAAAUUAUAUGAACAAUGCAUUCUGUGUUUGGUAUCUAAAUGCAGACGAGGGUAAAAACAUCAAGCUACAUUUUUUGGACUUUGACUUGGAAGAUAUUUAUGAUGUUGUUGAAGUGAGAGAUGGGAGAGGAGAUGAUUCUUUACUGUUAGAUGUGUAUACAGGAAAAACAUCGUUUCAGGAUGUGUACUCCACAACAAACCACAUGACAGUGCUAUUCACUACAGACAAGUCCACAACCAGAAAGGGCUUUCUGGCAAAUUUCACAACUGGUUACAACCUUGGCAAGCCAGAAUCUUGUUCUUCAAGUGAUUUCCAGUGCUCCUCUGGAGAAUGUAUUGCAAAUGGCAGCCUCUGUGAUGGUCACCCAGAUUGCUCUGAUGUCUCAGAUGAAUCUAACUGUGCACUUCUGCAAAAUGGCACUCAAUCCACCAAUGGGAAAGUGCAACUCAUGAUGCGGAGUGAGUGGUACACCGUUUGUGCUGAAUACUGGACCAACCAGCUCUCAGAGUUCAUGUGUCAAUAUCUAGGCUUUGGGUCUGGCAAUGCAACCCUGGUUCCAUCUCCUGAUGAUGGAGACACCUUUGUAACAGUGAGACAAACAGAAAAUGGUAGUUUAGUGCUCACUCCCAGUGAUCAAUGUGCAAAUGGAUCUGUUGUAUAUCUAAGAUGCAUCACCAAGCCUUGUGGAACUAGAAUGGUAUUGCAUAAGAACGAUGGGAAGAUUGUUGGUGGAGAGAAUGCUAAGCAAGGGGCUUGGCCUUGGAUAGUAUCCCUCCAUUUCAAAGGACAACAUGCUUGUGGUGCUGCUCUUGUUAACAAUGAGUGGCUUGUGUCAGCAAGUCACUGUGCUUAUGGGAGAAAUGUUCAUCCUUCAGAUUGGAAAGCGGUCAUUGGUCUUCACACACAGCUCAAUUUAACAUACCCACAGACUGCAAUCCGCCGGAUUGACCGCAUUGUGAUGAACCCUCAGUACAACAAGAGAACAAAGGACAGUGACAUCACCAUGAUGCACCUGGAACAUAAAGUGAACUUUACAGAUUACAUUCAGCCAAUAUGUCUUCCAGAGAAGGAGCAAAUGUUUAAACCAGGAAUGAAAUGUUUAAUUGCUGGAUGGGGUAAAGUUUUAGAGCAAGGAUCUGUUGCAAAUAUCUUACAAGAAGCAGAGAUCCCUCUAAUUACAAAUGAGAAGUGUCAGCAGCAGUUGCCUGAAUAUAAUAUUACACAAAGAAUGAUGUGUGCGGGCUAUGAACAAGGAGGUGUAGACUCCUGCCAGGGAGACUCAGGUGGACCUCUGAUGUGCCAGGAAGAUACCAGGUGGAUAUUAGCAGGGGUGACUUCUUUUGGGUAUGGGUGUGCUAGGCCCCAGCGCCCAGGUGCAUACGUCCGUGUCACACAGUUUGUUGAUUGGAUACACAAUAUUCUUAACUAAUCACUAAGGAUUCACAAUCAUUUUUGUCAUUAAUCUGCAUCAAAAUAGUUAGGUUACCAUACUUAUAAAACAAACAAAAAUUGAAUUCACAUUAAGUUUUGGACCUUAAAUCAUUCCCCAGAGACAGUUCUGAAGGAAUGAUAGGUGGAAUUGUGAAAUGGACACAGAUCUCUAAAACACAUUUAAAUAUCUUUCAGAAUUGUCAACUGAAGUGUGGUCCAUACACCUCUUACUGAAAGUGUUAUGACAGGUUUCCUAUUUUUUGUCCAACUCCUAUGAAACCCAGUUUGAUGAAUAUUCAACAUUAUUCUAAACAAUACUGAACCUUUAUACCACCUACUGACAGCUUUUGACUUUGAGAGUUUGCAAAAACACUGUGCACAAGACCUGCAAAUACCUGCUCUUCAAAAAGCUUUUUGCUAUUAUCUGUCUUUUCUCAGGAGGAUUUUGAAAAUGGUGUCCAACAUGUAUAACCAAGGAUUAAUUCGAAUGUCUCAGAUUUAUGUCAGGAUAGAUUAAGGUUAAUGUUAAAUAAUAGAAACAUAUGUUAUAUAUGCAAUAUGCAACCUGUCUGUGUAGUGUAUCUUAUUCUGUGUGAAAACAUAUUUUCUAAGAGUUUACUUCAGUCUUUUAUAUACACACACACACACACACACACACACACACACACACACACACACACACACACACACACACACACACUGUUGUGCUAAAGUCUUAGACAUGUUGCAUUUUUCUACUCUGAAGCAUUCUGAGCAUCAACAAUUUACUCAAAGCCUCCACUAGUGUUUUCUACUAUUAUAACAACCUUGACUUGCAUAAAGAAGGAAAAACAUUGAGUGAAAUAGCUCGCAUCACUUGAUUUUCAAGGUGUGGUAUCCAAAGCAUAAUCAACAAGUACAGAGAAACAUCAUCUGUAAUUGACAAACCUAGGACUGGAAGACCUAAAAAGCUGUCUAACAAGGAUGAGCAAUACUUGAUAAUAAUAUCCUUAAGGAAUAGAAAGAAGACAAGCGUUGAAUUGACAACAGAACUGGCAGAAGGAGCAGGUGUCAUUGUCCAUCAAAUCAACAGUAUGAAGGUCACUCUUGAAAUCAGGACUAAAGGAUGUGUUGCAGUAAGAAUACCUCUGUUAAGAAAGUGGAACAAGACUAAAAGGCUAAAAUAUGCACAAGAACACAGAAAUUGGACAAUGGAACAAUGGUCAAAGUUGCUUUGGACUGUUGAUGGAUGCGGCGCCUGGGAUUGCAUUAGGUGACAGCAAUUAAUAAAUCUGAUUUAGAUAUAUAAUAUAAGCAGUCUAGAACAGUUGUAUGAAUAUCACAUAUUCUUUAAUACAUCCAACCAGACUUUAAAACAACUAAAAAAACAAACAAACACACAGGUGUUGUCCAAUACAAUUAACUAGCUCAAUUUGUUUUUAACCUCCAGUCAUUCUAUUAGAGAUUACAUUCUCAUUGGCAGACUUCAAAAUAAAAUAAUAAGGCAAAGCUUUGUGAAUACACCCUUAGGUUUCUUACCAGUAAAUCCAUGAAAGGCAAUGUACAAUUACUGACCAAUAACCAUCAAAUUGGAAGUGUAGGUGUGAUUUGUAUACUCUUCAUAUAUUACAAUUUUGUAAUAUAUGCAACAUGCUAUUAAUAAUAUGCAUGUUUCUUUACUGUGGUAACA